GAAGCGCGGCGCGCGCGGCUGUUGGGCCGCUGGCUGUGGGGCCCUGGGAUCCGCUGCGUCUCCGCGAGCAGUCCGCUUUGAGUCGCGAGCCGCCGUGAACACCCGGAUUCCAGCGGGCGCUUGCGAGCACGGGGGCAUCGCCCGCAGCGGCCAAGCUCAUGGCCGACUGAGCGGGACGCCGCCUCCGCCUCAGCCGCCGCCGCCGCCGCCGCCGCCUCUUCCUCCUCAGCCGGCGGCGGCCCGGGCCCAGCAGCCAUGGCCGAAGACUACUGGGACGGUCGCCUGCGGCGAACUGGAGGAAAAGGAGGUCGCGCGGCCUCAUUCCAGGCCGCCGCCCCAGGCGCCGCCGCGCCGGCCCCGCGGCUCUGAGGUUACUCGCGCGCCCCCUCCGGUUGCCAUGGAUCGGAUGAAGAAGAUCAAACGGCAGCUGUCAAUGACACUCCGAGGGGGCCGAGGCAUAGACAAGACCAAUGGUGCCCCUGAGCAGAUAGGCCUGGAUGAGAGUGGUGGUGGUGGUGGCAGUGACCUUGGAGAGGCCCCUACCCGUGUUGCCCCUGGGGAGCUUCGCUCUGGACGGGGCCCACUCAGCUCUGCACCAGAAAUUGUGCACGAGGACAUGAAGAUGGGGUCUGAUGGGGAGAGUGACCAGGCUUCAGCCACAUCGUCAGAUGAGGUGCAGUCUCCAGUGAGAGUACGCAUGCGCAACCACCCACCACGGAAGAUCUCCACUGAGGACAUCAACAAACGCCUGUCACUACCAGCUGACAUCCGGCUGCCCGAGGGCUACCUUGAAAAGCUGACCCUCAAUAGCCCCAUCUUUGACAAGCCUCUUAGCCGGCGACUCCGCCGUGUUAGCCUGUCUGAGAUUGGCUUUGGAAAACUGGAGACCUACAUCAAGCUGGACAAGCUGGGUGAGGGUACCUAUGCCACUGUCUACAAAGGCAAAAGCAAGCUCACAGACAACCUUGUGGCACUCAAGGAGAUCAGACUGGAACAUGAAGAAGGGGCACCGUGCACUGCUAUCCGGGAAGUAUCCCUGCUCAAGGACCUCAAGCAUGCCAACAUCGUCACACUACAUGACAUUAUCCACACAGAGAAGUCCCUAACCCUUGUCUUUGAAUACUUGGACAAGGACCUGAAGCAGUACCUGGAUGACUGUGGGAAUGUCAUCAACAUGCACAAUGUGAAACUAUUCCUGUUCCAGUUGCUCCGUGGCCUGGCCUACUGCCACAGGCAGAAGGUGCUACACCGAGACCUCAAGCCCCAGAACCUACUCAUCAACGAGAGGGGAGAGCUCAAACUGGCAGACUUCGGCCUGGCACGUGCCAAGUCAAUCCCUACUAAAACAUACUCCAAUGAAGUGGUGACAUUGUGGUACCGGCCCCCUGAUAUCCUUCUCGGAUCCACAGACUACUCUACCCAAAUUGACAUGUGGGGUGUGGGCUGCAUCUUCUAUGAGAUGGCCACAGGCCGGCCCCUCUUCCCGGGUUCCACAGUGGAAGAACAGCUGCACUUCAUCUUCCGCAUUUUGGGAACCCCAACUGAGGAGACAUGGCCAGGCAUCCUAUCCAAUGAAGAGUUUAGAACAUACAACUACCCUAAGUACCGAGCUGAGGCCCUUCUGAGCCAUGCACCCCGACUUGAUAGCGACGGAGCUGACCUCCUCAACAAGCUGCUACAGUUUGAGGGUCGCAAUCGGAUUUCUGCUGAGGAUGCCAUGAAACAUCCAUUCUUCCUCAGCCUGGGGGAGCGGAUCCACAAACUUCCUGACACUACUUCCAUAUUUGCACUAAAGGAGGUACAGCUACAAAAGGAGGCCAAUAUUCGGUCUUCUUCCAUGCCUGACUCAGGCAGGCCAGCUUUCCGUGUGGUGGAUACGGAGUUCUAAGCCAGUUCUAAGCCACAGACCAAGGCCCCAGCAGGCAGCAGCUGGAGGGAUGCCACACCCCUCACAGGGCAGCCCCCAUCUGCAGUCCUCCCUGCUUGUUGCCUGCCUACCUGCCUGAGCCACACUUUGCUACCAACUUGUCCCCUGCCACCUGCCUAAACACCCAACAACUGGCCUGGCCUGUCAACCCAUCCACUGGCCUGUCAAGUCAACCAUUGGCCUGUCUGCUGGGUGCUAACAAAGCUCUCACCACUA